GGUGCUUUUUGGAGCCUGCAGCUCCAGACCCAGCGUUGGUGUCAGCGAGUAGAUCACCAGUCGACAAGCCAAGAGUGCCAGUGUUCCUCCAUCGCACAGCACUGUUAUUGAUUCAGUCCAGUGGGAGAGGGAUAGAGACAGCCCCAGACUGCCAGUGCUUCACUGUACAUCUGAAUGAGGUACUCCCAGUGUCAGCAACCAAGCAAACACAGAGGAGGAGAAGAAAAGAGAGAGGGAGGGGGAGAGAGAGCAACAGAAAGAAAAGGCAUUCAGUUAAAAGCCACGCUCGCUCGUCUCAGACCUGACUUUACAAAAGGGAAAUUUACAGAUUAAUUUGAGGUGUGAGUGCAAAGAACGAAGAUCUGACCACAUUGGAGGAUGAAUUGAAAACGUUAAAAUCCCCGGGGUAUUUAAAGCACGGCCUCUGACAAUUUGAAGACGUCGGGAAGAAUUGCUUGUGUAUAAACCUCGCUCAUCCUCAAGACCGUGGAGGAUUUUCUGUUAAAUUGCAAUAUCAGGGUGGAUCAGAUCUGAAGUGGGUCCAGGCAGCGUUGGAAAAUGUCCCACACAUCGGGGGAGAAAGGUGUGAAGCGGAAUAAUAGGAAAGCCAGCAGUUAUGAUGCCUGCCCCAGACUUUAUCUUGCCUUUAUAUUGAUAUUACUGAGCCUGACACCACAAGUGGAUUCUUCCUGGUGGUAUAUCGGAGCUCUGGGAGCACGAGUGAUCUGUGACAAUAUCCCAGGCCUGGUGAACAAACAGCGGCAGUUGUGCCAGAAGCAUCCAGAUAUCAUGCAGUCCAUUGGAGAAGGAGCCAAAGAGUGGAUCCAUGAAUGUCAGUACCAAUUCCGACACCACAGGUGGAACUGUAGCACCCUAGCCAGGGACCACACUGUAUUUGGCAAAGUAAUGUUACGUAGUAGCCGAGAGGCUGCUUUUGUCUACGCAAUUUCCUCUGCUGGUGUGGUGUACGCUAUCACACGAGCUUGCAGCCAGGGAGAACUGAACAGCUGUAAUUGUGAAUCACAUAAGAGGGACAAAGACCGGGAUCGGAGAGGGGAGUUCGACUGGGGCGGCUGCAGUGACAACAUCAACUACGGCAUCAAGUUCUCCAAAGAUUUUGUGGAUGCCAAGGAGAAGAAAGAAAAGGAUGCCAGGGCACUGAUGAACCUACACAACAACCGCUGUGGCAGGACGGCUGUGAAAAAAUUCAUGAAGCUGGAGUGUAAAUGCCAUGGUGUUAGUGGAUCCUGUACAUUAAGGACUUGUUGGUUAGCAAUGUCGGACUUUCGAAAGACUGGAGAUUACCUGCGAAAGAAAUACCACUUGGCGGUUCAGGUCACCAUGAACCAGGAUGGAACGGGUUUCACUGUCACCAACAAACACUCAGACAGGUUGAUCAAGAAUGACUUAGUAUACUUCGAGAACUCGCCCGAUUACUGUGUCAUGGAUAAAGCUGCAGGGUCUUUGGGCACAGCAGGAAGGAUGUGUAACAAGUCAUCCAAGGACACAGAUGGCUGUGAAGUGAUGUGCUGCGGCCGGGGCUAUGAUACCACUCGAGUUGUGCGAGUCACUAAGUGCGAGUGCAAGUUCCACUGGUGCUGUGCAGUAAAAUGCAAGGAGUGCCAACAGACAGUCGAUUUUCACACCUGCAAGGCUCCUAAACGCGCUGCCUGGCUUGACCAGACAUGAUCCCAGCCAGCAACGCCGCCUCAACAUGGGAUAUGCGUGAAGGCACGUGGCAUUUUGGGGAGUUGUAGUUUAGCUGCAUGGCUUUUCUUUUUAAUUAAUACCCUGUGAAGCACUAAAGAAUGGACUACACGUCCCGGGGACCAUGGUGAACCUCUGCACAUGUUCAGUAAAUCAUCGCAUAUUCCUUAUGAAUAGAGGGAAUUGCAAUACAAAGCAUAAAUCCUGAACCUUAUCAUUCGCAAUUUUAAUUGUUUUUCCCAAAUGGAACAGUGCAACUGUCUAUAAAGCGACUUUAUAAAAGUGAAGAACAAGGCUUCUGUAGUUGUCAAGUGAUGGGGACCUCCCUGUAGCACCAGCAGCAUGCGACUAAUUUCUACAAUCUGGGUUUUUGAUUAUUAUUGGUACAUCAAUGCCUUAUUAACAAGUGAAAAAGCUGCUGACCGCUUCUAACGAUCAUUCAGAAGGAUUCAAAGCUGCAUUCUGUGCAAGGAACAGGAGCCUGCACUUUCUGAAGGCAAUUGCAUAACUGUAUAUUAACAAGACAAUCUGCACUAUGAACAUUAGCUCCAAGAGGAUAGCAGUGAAAGAGAGAGAGAGACAGUGAAAGAGAGAGAGAAAGAAAGCGAGUGAGUGUGUUAGAGAGACUUGCCCGGUCAUGAUUGAUCUGUCUGUUGAUUUGAACUUAUGUCAAGAGCUACAGCCUGCAAUCUGUAACAGGAAUUCUGCAAAGACAAUAAGAAAUAAGGUUUAGCUCUGAAUUGUUGCUGCUGAUUUCAAUAGUGCAACUCACCUGAAGUUUUUUAUGAUUUAAGAAUGAUUUUUUUUUAACUGUAAUAAUUCUUACAUUGCUAUAGUAUGUUAAUGUUUGGCGAUUGGCAAGUGCAGUUCCUACAGUCACAAGCUGAUGCAAAAACAAAACUGCAUUCUACGCUGUACUGUAAUUUGAAGGCACCCCA